AUGGUUCCGAUCGCGUGCCAUGGAGAUGGCGAUUGUGUAUCAUGCUAUGUCAAUGAGAUUCUUGAUUGCUACUACGAGCUGUCUCGGUCUCCUGAUCUAAAACCCUCACCGAGUAUCAACUGUCUAUUUGAAAGGCUUGUUGGAUUAUGUAGUAGGAUACCCGAUGAGGCUACCACAGCACAGAUUCUGUCAGACCCCAAAGUCGUUGACAUAGCUCCUCAUUUGCGAAAGCUUUGCUCGGAUGGCGAAUAUCAACUCGAAGCUCAUUGGGCGCGAAAGGUGUGUUGCUGCAAAACACACGAAGAAGCGAAUGAGAUGUUGCUCACAUUUCCCUAUCAUGGAAACUACGUCGACCUCGUCCGUAUGGAAAUGAACGCCAUUGCAUCCGUGAAGCCGGAUUUCGCCACGCGAACUUUUGCUUUCCUUGGCUCAGGUCCACUUCCUUUGACCUCUCUUUGCAUCAGUCAUCAUCUUCAAAGCGAGUGCGUAUCCUGCCAUAACGUCGAUCAAGAUGCGACGGCCAUUACGACGGCCGUUACAUUGUGCCGCGCCUUGGGUCACUCUCCGGAAACUAUGUGCUUCCAGUGUGCAAGCGCCGGUAGUCCAGAUAUCGACUUGGGAUGCUUUGAUAUUGUCUAUUUGGCCGCUCUAGUGGGCGGUUGCAGCACGCAUAAACACGAGAUUAUGGCCGACGUCGUCAAGCGGAUGAAGCCAGGAGCACUGGUUGUGAUGCGCAGCGCGCACUCGUUGAGACGCCUGUUAUACCCGGUAAUCGAAGUCACGGAGGAUAUGGCAUCAAUCGGGCUAAGACCCUUAUUGGUCGUACAUCCUUACAAUCAUAUUGUCAACUCGUGUGUCAUAGCUGUCGUCGAGUCCCCAUGUGGCUGCGGUCCGUGA